AUGACGAAUUACGCAGUUGUAAAUCCUCGGAGUUUGCCUAAGAGUUACAGUGUAACAUCAUCUACGAGGUCUGAUAACAGCGAAGAUUUUAGAGAACUUGUUAGAGCAGCGUCCGCGAGGAGUAUGGGAGAGAAUUUUGAGCUGAAUUUAUUGAUACAGCAACAAAUUCGACAGCAAUUGCAACAACAAAUGCCGUCAAGGAGAUCAGUACCGAGGAGUGUUAGUGUUGGUAUGGGAAGAAUUGAUGAAGACAAGCCAUUUGUUUUAGGAGGUCAAGAAGAAGAUGUUUCGAUUAUGUUAAUGAAAAAUGAUUUGAAGUAUCCUAGGAGUAGAAGUCAUGCUGUUUCAAAGACUAGUAAUGUUCAUGUCUUUUGA